AUGGCGUCCUUGGAGGAUGCUGCCAAGUUCGACUCAGAGCCCUAUUUCUUCUUGGAAGGACGAGCCUACGCAGCUCAGCCCUGGGACAGCAGUUUCGAUCCAUAUCUUUGCCAGAAGUGUGGUAAGCCCGGGCAUAAGGAGCAUGGGUGCUUACAGGAGCCGCACUGCUGGUUCUGCGCACGUGGGGAUCACCGCAAGGACCAUUGCCCGUACCUUGUCAAUGGUGACGGGAGAACGGGUGCCCGCUGCCCUAACUGCGGCGGCGACCAUCCCACCUGGGCCUUUAACAAGUGUCGAAGUGAAGCCUUGGCGAAGCAUAAACACGACUGCUAUGUUAAGUCUCUCUCUGGGCCCUACUGGCUGCCUCUUACUUACACUAAUGGUGACGGGACUUGGCCAGCCCUCUAUCCUCCAACCGUGGUUAUUAGCAAGACCGCCCUUCUCCCUUCACAUAUUGAGUCUGCCAAUCGACCCCGCCAGCCUCCGCAACCAGUAUCCCUUAACGACAGCACAAGUGGGACCCCCCAGCACGCUUUCGAUGCCGGUGGUGGGCACUCGCACAGCGCAACUCGAGGCCGUACGAAUGGACGGGCUGGUCCCCGUGCCUUUACCACCCGGCGGUUAGGGGGCAAUCCACGAGCAAGGAGCCGCUCGACAGAUCUCGUGGGAGUCGCGAACCUCUUCGACAGAACUACCGACGUCUCUGGAUCCACAUUGGCGACAACGCCUUCUAUUUCCUUACCGAGCACCAAUCAGCAGCACAGCUUGUCGACAGAGCUCGCACGAUCGUCUGCAAUGCGGGAGACAGCAAUGUCCGUGGACUCCGCCGAUAACACUGGGCAGAUGACUUUGCGCAGCGGAACUCAGCUUGCUGGACCAACAAUCAAUUCGACCGUAUCAUAUACUCCAGCAAAGCGACCAUUUCUGACAGCCCUGUCCCAUAUUCCUGGCGAGCUGUUACAAUCACACCGUCAUCCAGGCCGCCAAUCCGCAGCACAAGGGACGCAGAGGACGACACGAACAUCAGACCGACCGGGGAGCGCAUCGAAGAGACCUCGUACCGAUAGUUAUGCAUCCGGUGCCCCGUCCACGCAACCUAGUCUACCAGAGCUUGUCGAGUUCACCUUCACUCCAUCCCAAUGA